AUGAGUUUGAAAAUGGCGCUUGGAACCAAUGGAAAAAGAAGCAUUCGCAGUGAUAUCGAUAACGCUGCUGGAGACAAUAAUAUCAAUUUCGGUGUCAAAAAGAGCUACGAAGAGAGUUCUCUGAAUCUACAAAUGGCCGAGAGACAAACUGUUAUCGGCAAAGAGAAUCAUCCAGGAGAAAACCGAUAUUUCGGAGGACUUGUUGGAAAUAAGGAGAUUUUUGUAAUGACAAUGAUAGCUGUUGCAUUGUAUUUAAUCGAGGGAGAACACGCGAAAUUUGUUUGCACCGCCCUUACUUCUGUUCCACCCGCAAUUUUCUCAUAUAAAGUAUUGAUGAAUUCGAACAGUACGAAGGAAGGAUAUCAUUCGAUUCUCUUCUACUGGACAAUUUACGGACUGCUCGCAGUUUUGGAUCAAUUCGUCGGGUCUCCACAAGGAUAUAAUCUGAUAAAAGGAGGUCUUCUUGGAUCUGUAUUCCUUCACUCAUUCCGUUCGAAUCCCCAUGCAUUCCCUAUUCCAUGGAAUACUGUUGAUCAAACAACCGGUGGAAUGCUCACUUCGAUUUUCACUAAAUAUGAUUCUCAAGGGUUUAUCCAAAAGACGGAAUCAUCUGCAUUCGAUCCGAGAUCUCCGACAAUAACACAGUUCUCUUCUGACGAUGAGUCGGAAUAUAUGCCCACUUUAUUGGAGAAUGAACUGAUUGAUGUGAGUACUGCAUGCAGUUUCCAACCAUCUCUUCCAAUGCAAUCAACUCAAACUCUUUCACCUGACUUUGUCUAUAAAACUGCAGUUGCAAAGACUACUCCGAUUGAAAAUGAAGACGGUGAACCGUGCUCGACAAUCAGAAUUCAUUAUAAGAAACCAUCUGAAAAUCAAUUCGAAACGAUGUCAGCUAUGACAAUGACAUGUGGAGGGGUAGCUGAUAUUGUCACUGUUCCAUCCGAUCGAAUCAGUUUUAAUUAUCAAAAUCAAGAGGUUUUGAUUCAGAUCACCAAUGUUUCUCCUCUUCAUAUCAUGUUUGCUCUCAAGACAAAUGCCAAUACUCAUCUGAUUGCUGCACCAACUACUGGAAUUCUUUUGAGUGGCCAAAGUAUGAAAAUGAGAGUUGGAGUUACGAAUAACUUCUUCAGAACUUGCACAGAUCCUGGAGCAUUUAUUGAUAAACUUGCCAUCGACUAUGCCUCAAUUCCACAACACUAUUCUUCGUCAAUUUCCAAAUUCUCUCCUGAAUUCUUCCAGUCUCACAAUCGCCGUCGUCAUGCCAUUCGUGUCUUCUAUCAAUGA